UUUUAAACUACACAAAUUUUUUUCCUGAAGGUGCACGAAUAAUUUGUGAAAAUAGUGUAUUUUCUUUUCUUUUCUUUUUUUUUAAGAUAUAUUUAUUUUAGUUUGAUUUAUUAUCUGUAAUGAAGAUCUAUACAAAGACAGGCGACAAAGGAACUUCCGGACUAUAUAACGGUGAACGCAGAGAUAAGGAUGAUGUUAUUUUUGAAGCUUUAGGCACAACAGAUGAAUUAACUUCUAACAUUGGAUUAUCCACUGAAUUUUUAAUGGACUAUACUUGGGGGCUUGAUUUAAUUAAGCAACUAACUACAAUUCAGUGUAAUUUGCAAGAUAUAGGCUCAAAUAUUGCAACGCCUCGGGAACAUUCUAAUGCAGUUCGAUUAGCACAAACUAGAUUUGAUCCUGAUAAGGUUCAUGUAACUCAAUUAGAAAACUGGAUUGAUGAAUAUGAUAAAAAAUUACCGAAAUUAACAAAAUUCAUUUUACCAUCUGGAGGUAAACCAAGUGCUAGUUUACAUGUUACGCGUUCAGUAUGUCGUCGAGCAGAAAGAAGAGUACAGCCAUUAACUCGAGACGGCAUGUGUGAAGAAUCAGUUGGUGUAUAUUUAAAUAGAUUAAGUGAUUUCUUAUUUGUUGCUGCUAGAUGGGCUGCGCAAUCUUUAGGAAGAGAAGAGAGAAUUUACAAAUAAGCUUAAAGAAAUAUUCUGCUAUUAUGUAAAGAAAAGUGAAUCUUAUUAAAAAUAUGAGUGAUACGACUUGGCAUUAAAAGAAAAUCAAUUGUCUGAGUUUUUUUGUCCAG